AAGAAAAAGCCGGUUGCUAGGGGAGUGAGAAAGAAAGGGAGGGUGCCGAACACGGAAGUGAUGGCAGCGCCUUGGGAGUAGGUGGAGGCGGUGACCGCAAUGUGUGAGACAGGAACUCUGCGCCGACGGGUGGGGGCUUGCACAAAGGCAUCGGCCUUUUCGGACCUACACGAGGUGCAGAAGUGGCUGGGCCUCCCUUCUCCACCUUAGCGAGCACUCAAGAGGGAUGGCGGUGGUGAUGGCGGCAGUUUCUCGGACAGCCCCAGUUAAGCUGCGGUCUGAGAGAUAUAUCCAGAGAGUGCCCAGAAGAAACUUCCUGCUGGAAAAACUGAAAAAGCAGUAUUUAUAACACUGGAAUUUGUGGAUAAUUUGUUAAAAUGGCAGAAAAUAGUGAAAGUAUUAGCAAAAAUGUAGAUGUGAGGCCCAAAACUAGUCGAAGUAGAAGUGCUGACAGAAAGGACGGUUAUGUGUGGAGUGGAAAGAAACUAUCUUGGUCAAAAAAGAAUGAAAGUUGUUCAGAUGCUGAAACAGUGAAUGCUGUAGAGAAAACUGAAGUUCCUUUAAGGAGCCAAGAAAGGAAGCACAGCUGUUCAUCUGUCGAGUUGGAUUUAGAUCAUUCCUGUGGGCAUAGAUUUUUAGGCCGCUCUCUUAAACAGAAACUGCAAGAUGCCGUGGGGCAGUGUUUUCCAAUAAAGAAUUGUAGUGGUCGGCACUCUUCGGGGCUUCCAUCUAAAAGGAAAAUUCAUAUCAGUGAACUCAUGUUAGAUAAGUGUCCUUUCCCACCUCGAUCAGAUUUAGCCUUUAGGUGGCACUUUAUUAAACGACACACUGCUCCUAUAAAUUCCAAAUCCAGUGAAUGGGUAAGCACAGACUCGUCUCAGAGUGAACUGAGGGAUGGUCAGCUAAAACAAAGAAGAAACGUGGAAGAAGAGGUAAACUGCUUCUCACAAACCAAUGUUCAGCCCUGUGUCAUAACCACCAACAGUGCUUCUUCAUGUAGAGGUGGUCCCAUGACUGGCUCUGUGAUGAACCUGCUUUCAAAUAACAGUAUAGAAGAUAGUGAUAUGGAUUCGGAUGAUGAAAUUAUUACACUUUGCACAAGUUCCAGGAAAAGAAACAAACCCAAAUGGGAAAUGGAUGAAGAAAUCCUGCAGUUGGAAACACCUCCUAAGUACCAUACCCAGAUUGAUUAUGUCCACUGUCUUGUACCAGACCUCCUGCAGAUCAAUAACAAUCCAUGUUACUGGGGAGUUAUGGAUAAAUAUGCAGCUGAAGCUCUACUAGAGGGAAAACCAGAGGGUACCUUUUUACUUCGAGACUCAGCACAGGAAGACUAUUUAUUCUCAGUCAGUUUUAGACGCUAUAGUCGUUCUCUUCAUGCUAGAAUUGAACAAUGGAAUCACAACUUUAGCUUUGAUGCACAUGAUCCUUGUGUCUUCCAUUCUCCUGACAUUACUGGGCUCCUAGAACAUUAUAAGGACCCAAGUGCCUGUAUGUUCUUUGAACCACUUUUAUCCACUCCUUUAAUUCGGACCUUCCCCUUUUCCUUGCAGCAUAUAUGCAGAACAGUUAUUUGUAACUGUACAACUUAUGAUGGCAUUGAUGCCCUUCCAAUUCCUUCUUCUAUGAAAUUAUAUCUGAAGGAAUAUCACUAUAAAUCAAAAGUUAGAGUACUCAGGAUUGAUGCACCAGAACAAUGCUAGGGAAUGUGUAGGAAUAUGGGAAUGAUUAUAUACAUAUUUUCAUUUAAUAUUUUAUUUUUCUUAUGUCACUUUGAAUUUUUCUACAAGGGCAGUUCAAAUCUAAAAUAAAUCUCUGCCCCAAAUUUUACUUCCAGAUCAGUUUAUUUUUCUUAAGAAAAACUAAUUGUUUAAAGUUACACACUAGGGGUUAAUGAAUAUUUUUUACCAGGUGUUUGGUUUUUGGUUUUACAGAUAGAUUGUAUACUUAAUUUUUUUUCUUAAUUGUAAUUUGCUUAAGGUCCAGGGAUAUUUGAAAUUUGGUAGGCAUUGCAAAUACAAUUAAGUAAUCUAUAUUUCAUACUUUCCUUUAAAAAUAAGCUUAUGUCCUUUCCUACAUGUUCCCUUGUUAACCUAUGCCAUUGGCAUCCCUAUACAUAAAAUACAGUUUCCUCAUCCCCCUUUCCCGAGUUGUUUUAAAAUUCUUCAGUUAACCUGAGUGUGUUGUAAUUCACAAUCCAUAUCAAUGUAAUUGAGUCUUGUACCUUAAUAAUAAAUAAUAGGGAUGUUAAAGGUAACAAAAUGGUUUGAAAUUAAACUUGAAGUGUUUUCAUUUUAAAUACUAACUAUAAAGCAGUAUUACUAAAUUUGAUUAAUCUGAUUAGGAAGAAUCAAAUGAGAACAUGACUUUUUGGAAGUGAAUUUAUUUUCUACACUGUAGCAUGGUCAUUUAUUUUUGAAUAGGUCUUUUACUCAACCUAGAUGAGUUGCUAUCUUCAGAACAAAUAUUGUUCCUUUCUCGCUAGAAGCUUUAAAAAUAAUAACACUAUUAAUAUAGUAGUUACUAACAUAUUAAAGCAACUAUGGGGUUUUUCUGUAUUUACUUAUGAAGCAUUUCUUCUGAUUACCCUUUUCAUAGAAACUCUGAGCCUGUUAUUUUGGAGAGAUGCCACGGUUUUAUAAACAGCCAGAAAUUUCCAUCAGUAACCAAAGAGGACCUAAGUAGUCUUCAUUAUUUUAAAGUGAGCUUCACUAAGGAUUCAAGAAGUAAAACAUGGAGCUCAGUUUUUUGAAACUUAAUAUUGGUUUUGAUUUUCAAGUUUCAAAUAAUUAUUCCUGUCUUCAGAAUUAACAUGUCUUUACUGUGGCUUCAAAAAAGGAAAAACGUUUUGCGAGCUACAUGGCUUACACCAUACUGAAUAGCACUAGGCACUAGAAGUAGUAUUUUAAAUUUGCUAUCCCAGUACAGAAGCAUUUUUAGAAAUGUCAUCCCAGUAUGAUAAAGGUAAAUGGAGUGAUACCUUAUCUAACUCCACUUUUUUAAAGAGUCAGUGCAAAUAAAUUUCUUAGACAGUUUUUUCUUCUGGUGAGCUGUCUAGCCCUUUGUACAAAUUGGCAUUUUUAAUAUCUUAGUAAUUGAUUUCUUUCUUUCUUUCUUUCUGUUUUUCCUAGUAAUUGAUUUCUUGAUGCUAAUUUAGGUCCGGUAGGAAGCUGCUUCUACCUGGAUUGGAAGAAAUUUGACUCAAGUUUCCAAUUAGAACAGAUGUUUCUUAAGUAUCAUUGCUUUUAUGUUGAAGUAGCAUUUCCCUUUCCUGCAGUUCUGUUGUAAACAUAAAGAUGGCAUUUUUCAGUAAUAGCUUUAAAAUACAUUUUAAGCAGUUACAACAAAAUUAAACCAAGAAAAUAUCUUACCAUUUUCUAGCAUUUUUUUUUUCUCAGUGAUCUCAAGAUUGUCUUAUUCCAGGUAGGGUAACUACUAAUUAUGGCACCUGUCUGUGGAGUAAUGAGGCUCAGGAUAUCAUUAACACCGAUAUCGGGAUAAAUAUCUCUUCUAAAGAUGAUACUUCCCUUUUUCAAAAGUAGAAAAGUCUCAUACUACCUCAUCUUUAUUGUGACACUUUUUGUAGAUCACUGAGAAGCUUGUCUUAUUUACCAAUAAACUGCUUCCUAAAUAUCCAUUUUUGGUGAAAGAACACUAAUAGUGUAGUAAGACUCUACCCAUGAUUAUAGUUUUUUAUCAGAAUUUGAUAAUGAGACUUUCUGUUUCUGUGAAACAAUUAUUGUUUUAAAUAUUUUUCUUUUAAAAGUAACUUUUUAUCAGUACAGAAAAACCUUAGGGAUGACUAGCUAACAAAUAUUCUGUUAUAGAGUAAUUUUAUAAAGAAAAAGUGAAAUAUAAUUAUGUUGUCUUUUAUAAUGGUAAAAAUCAAUGUUUAUAUGAAAAUCAAGAUAUGAGUAGCUUUUCAUAUAUUCAAACUGGUUGCUUGUGAUAUAUUUUCUUUGGCUUUCUUAUUUUUUCAACUUAAAGGUAUUAAUAACUGUUAACAUUUUCAAAAUACUGCCAUAUAUAUAUCCUUGAAGUAAAUGAUCUAAUAAAUGAGAGCAGGGAAGAGACUCAUUUACUCUGAAAUGGUUUGUAUUUUUCCUUUGGUAUUUGCUAGAGUGAAAAGAAAUAUGGAAAGUACAAGUAUAAAGACUUGAGAAGGGAAUUGUUAACCACGAAGGAAAAAGGAAAGAGUAAUUAAUUUUUUAAAACAUUAAAGAAUUGGAAUUCAGAAAGGUUAAUACCUUUCUCUUUGUGGGGAUAAAUUUGGAAGAGCAUCCAGUAUUCACAAACCUAUUUUUAAAAUGUAAAAUAUGUAAUUAUUGGAAUAUAUAAAACAAAAGUGACUAAGUCAUGAAAGGAACUUAAGGAAAGAUACAAAUAUAUCUAAAUAUAAAUUUUGUAACUCUAGGUUUGUGGGCAUUUGAAAAGUAUAAAUUCCAGAGUUGAGAAAGCAUCAGCAUGGUGGAAAUGUCUAGAGCUUAUUGGUGAGAGAAGAUGGAGCUAAAAGAAACAAGAUAAAAUAUUAAAAUUAAGAAUUUAGGCAUCACCUCAGGGAAGAGCCUUGAUAGUGAAAGGGAACUACUUAACUGCUAAUAGCUGGUCUGGACCAGACACUUAACUGCGCUUUGGGAAUCAUCCUGCACUAAUCAGGAAAUAAACUUGACUUUUCUAUUUCUCAAGCUUUUCAGGACAAUCCCAUCACCACCACCACCAUGCAUUUUUUUUUUUAAGCCAUAGCAUCUUGAUUCAUAUUCUAAUUCCUAAAAUAUUCUGAAUGGAUUUUUUUGGGAUCCUGGAGCAUUUUUGUAUGAAAAAUCCUAUGUGAUCUUUCUAUAGCUAUGCCAUUCACUUAAAUAAUUCAUAGGGAGAAUGGUUUAAUUUAAAGGAAGAAGAUUAAAGGAAGCUUUUAGUCAGCCUGUGGUUAGAUUUAUUGAUUUGGUGAACAGAACUGUGUUCUUUCCUGAAUUUCAGCUAAUGGUCAAAGAAUGGCUUUCAGUUAAAGUUGUGACUUAUUAUAAAUAAUAGAAAGAAUGUCUAAGUAAUUAGAAAUCCUUUAAAAAGUAGAGUAAAUGUGGCCAAUAGGACUCAUACAAAUUCCAUUUCUUUUUAUAAGAAAAACACAAACCAUUAUCAUUUAUUCAUGAGCCAAAGCCAUUAAGAAGACAAAUCAAGUUAUCAACUUCCUGUCUCUCUGAAGUUUGGAUCAUUUUAUAGACCCACAUAAUAGAGCAGUUUUUUCCUUUGAAACAAAAACCUUGAAACCUAUCUCUUACAAAUAUACUUAGUUUUUAUUUUAAAACUUUUUUGUCACUUUUAUUUAUAAUGAGUCAAAUAGGUUAUAUAUUGAUUGGUGGAGUAAAUUUCACAGGAAAGUAGACUUAACUAUUUCUGGAGACAACACAGGGAGAACAAUGUUUAAAUGUAAAAAAAAAAAAAACAAAAAAAAAAAAACUCCUAUGUGUUAAAUAAUACCCAAAUGAAUGAAAGAUUUUAAAUCAAGCAGACUAUUAUUUCUAUUUUGGAAAAAAAAAUCUUUACAAUUUUGGUUUUAACUGUAAUCAGUUUUACAAUUAUUUUUAUUUCUAAAGAAUGAACAAAAAGCACAAAGUUUUUUUUUCUUUUUUUAAUGUCCUAGUAGAAAUGAACAAUGCUACAAGAGUCUGCCUAUGCCAUUCUAGUGUAUUAAGAUAUUUGACACAGUGGAGGUGACUUUUUAAAUGGAUUGGCUUCUAAGAAGUGUAGACUAAUGGAUAUGACCCAAUGGAAAGGGAUUUGGGGUACAUUAAUCCUUUUUCAAAUAAAAGUGGAGUCUAUUUUUUGUUUAAUUCUGAAUAGAUUACUCAAUCCUAAAUAUCUUCAUCUCUUAACGUAUAAAAUGUAGAUAAAUAAUACUUGUCACCUGACUUCCUGAAGGUUAUUCCUUCAUUUAAGAGGUGACCCUUGGAGCAUACUUGAAAAUAAUUUCUGUAAUUUCUUGAAAGUAACGUGAUGAUAGAUUUUCAGAGUAUCCCCUUAGUGGAUCCUGCAAGUUCACAUUCACUUCUUACAGUCUGUAAUAGGCUUUCUUGGCUUGAUUUGACAAUAGAGAUAAAGUACAAUUUGGAUUUGUGGUUUAGACUCGAAUUGAAUGAACAAUUGCAGUUUUCUCCUACCCUUAAUAAGGUUUAUGUAAAAUUGAUGUUUGCCUGUUAUUUUAAAAGUUGAUUACAUUUGCAGGAAGUGAAGAUAAUCACUUGUGCUGUGGUUAUAAUCAAAUCUAAGCUUUCAGACUUGAGAGUAAAACUCAGAGGUUUACUUAAAUUACCCUGACUUUGCUAGGAUUGAAUCAAUUCUGUAUAAACCAAGUAAGAACUUGAUAUAUACUUGAAUAUAGACGGAAUUUAACUAGUAACUUCACAAAGCUGUUAGUACUCUUGUCAGCUGGACUUGUAUGAUCCUCCCCUUACCAAAAAAGAAGUAAACUGUUCCCAUUUUUAUUUCUAAUCCUGAAGUUGAAUGUUCUUCUUGGAUGUGAGUUCAAAUAAAUUGAUCUGAAUAAAUUUUCACUUCUUCUUAAUUAAAACUUAAUAUAUAAAAUCCAAA